AUGUCCUGCCAGCAAAACCAGCAGCAGUGCCAGCCCCCUCCCAAGUGCCCCCCAAAAUGCCCACCCAAGUGUCCUCCAAAGUGCCGACCUCAGUGCCCAGCCCCAUGCCCACCUCCAGUCUCUUCCUGCUGUGGUCCCAGCUCUGGGGGCUGCUGCGGCUCCAGCUCUGGGGGCUGCUGCAGCUCUGGGGGUGGCGGCUGCUGCCUGAGCCACCACAGGCCCCAUCUCUUCCACCGACACCAGCACCAGAGCCCCGAUUGUUGUGAGUGUGGACCUUCUGGGGGCUCUGGCUGCUGCCACAGCUCUGGGGGCUGCUGCUGA